CUGUAUAUGGCGGAAGCCUUAGUAAACAUAAAGGUGUAGGUUAACGGCUUUUAGCUUUUAGCUAAUCUUCAUUUUUACAACCAAACUUAGAGGCACAAAGAUGUUACGCUCUUCGUUACCUACAACAGUUUUUUGCCAUUGGAGAAGUGCUUGCAAAGGACUUCAUCACAGCAGUCAUCAGCGGAGUCCACAACUACGACAGUGGAUUGUGAAAAGAUGUCAGAGCACCAUCACAGCUGAAGCAGGGGCCUCUCCCUGCCCAGGAGCGUCUUCAGUCCCCAAUGCAGCAACAAAUCGCAUAGUUGGUCGCUGGUUACUCGGCUGCAGCGGGCUGGUGGCUGGGGCUAUUGUUUUGGGUGGUGUCACAAGACUAACAGAAUCUGGGCUUUCUAUGGUUGACUGGCAUUUAGUGAGAGAGAUGAGGCCACCUCAGUCACAAGCAGAGUGGGAGGCUGAGUUUUCCAAGUACCAGCAGUAUCCUGUUUUCAAAAUAAUGAACCGUGACAUGACACUGCCAGAGUUUAAGUUUAUUUUCUACAUGGAGUGGGGUCACCGUAUGUGGGGCAGACUGGCUGGACUUGCCUACAUCCUCCCCACCAUUUACUUCUGGAGGAAAGGAUACUUCACUCGCUCCAUGAAGGGAAACGUUCUGGGGCUUUGUGGGUUUGUCGUCUUCCAGGGUCUUCUUGGGUGGUAUAUGGUAAAAAGCGGCCUGGAGGAAAAGCCUGAGUCUCAUGAUAUUCCACGGGUCAGCCAGUAUCGUUUAAGUGCUCACCUUGGUUCUGCCUUGCUACUCUACUGUGCCAGUCUCUGGACAGGGCUUACUCUGCUGUUGCCUGCACAAAAGAUGGCAGAGACCAGACACCUCAUGCAGCUCAGGAGGUUUGCCAAGGGUACUGGUGGACUGGUCUUCUUUACUGCUCUCUCUGGUGCUUUUGUUGCUGGUUUGGAUGCUGGGCUGGUGUAUAAUUCCUUCCCUAAGAUGGGAGAUAGGUGGAUUCCUGAUGAUCUGCUUGCUUUUUCUCCAACCCUCAAGAACUUCUUUGAAAAUCCCACAACUGUGCAGUUCAAUCACAGAAUUUUGGGAAUCUCUUCUUUGAUGGCAAUUACGGGUCUUUAUCUAUUCUCAAGAAGGAUGGUGCUGCCCAGGAGGGCUAAGAUUGCCAUCAGCCUCCUUGCAGCAAUGGCCUACGGACAGGUUGUCCUUGGUAUCAGCACCCUGUUGUUUUAUGUCCCUACACCACUGGCUGCAACACAUCAGUCAGGGUCUGUGGCUCUUCUGUCCUUUGCCAUUUGGGUUCUGGCAGAGCUCCGCAAGAUUCCUAAGUAAAAGUCUGGUCUCCCUUGGAUAAAUCCAGUCCCUGCUAGCCACAGCUCGUACUUCUGAGAGCCAGCUGUGUCAUUUUGGAUGAGGCAUUCAGAGAAAAAAGUGACAAUGUUCAUUUAACACUCGACUUUUAUGCCUCUGUCCUGUAGUGCUGCAACAUAAUCUUCAUGUCGUGACAUUAUUUGAUUAAAAACAUUUUUUUUACAAAACUACAUCACGACUGUCGAUGAGUAACUGAAGAAAACCCUUUUUGGACGUGUGUCCUCAUAAGAAGAUUACAACUUGUCAACAGAAAAUGAGGUGUCUUGUUUCACAAGGAAUUCAAAAAAUAUGCAAGAUUGAGGUUUUUAUGCAACUUUAAUGACAGUGACAGGAGACUUAAGUAGAAUAAAAUACUGUUUUUGUUGAUGUACACAGUUUUAACAGGACAUUUUCAAAGAAUAUUUGGUCACUCACCUGUUACCCUUGUGUCUGCUCAUACAACUGCCUGUUAGCUGAAUCAGAUGUGGCUGUUGGGAUUAUAUGUAUAAUUAUGUUUAUAUUUAACCAUUUCUUGCCAACAUCACCAAGUAAAAAGGUAAAAAGAAGUGGAAUCUUGAUUGCGGUUUUGUACUGUCUUAAGAUGUGAAGCUGAAAGCACUGUCUUAUUUUAAUAAAGGCAGUUAUGUACAGCCUUUGAAAUUCAAACUACAGUCCAGUUUGCAUAGUAACUGUGAUUUUUAUUGUCUCUGUACAAAAUAUACACAUUUUGAAUCCGCAACCAGUUGAGGUUCGCUAACUAGACAGUACAGUGGGUUACUAGGUUUUCAUUGUUUAGACACAGUAUAUGCAGGUAUAGACAGGUUUUACUUGUGGUCAGGAAUGGAAGUUAAAAACUGUUGACAAGGAACAAUCAGAGCCAUGUUUUCCCUAGAAAAUAAAUGUUAAUAAAAGCCGAACCAAAAAAUAAAGAAAAUGCAGGGUUGGAAGUGCAUAUUGUCAGCAGGGCUGUAGUGCACCCUUAUGCUGUGCUCUGAGAGGAAUGAGAGGUUGAAUAAGUGGCAAGGUGCUGAUACGUAGUGGAGAGCAUUAUUGCUGUUCUAUGUCAGUCUGCAUUUAUAAGACACUGCAGUCAAUUUAUUCAUGGCUCGAGUGCCUCUGGUACCUACACCACCUUGGAUUUAAUAGUAGUUCUCAUAUGAAAAGCGAAUUAAUAAGUGGUUGCAGAUUCUUCUAAAAUUAUUCAUGAGUGCCUAAGGUGUGCAUUCACAAACUAAAAUUACACUUCAUUUUGGACAGUGUGCAGGUAAACCAUGUUGCCAGUUUAUAUCAUUUUAUCUCUGAUUGUCCCUUGCCCCAUUUACCAAACAUCAGCUCCCUCUCGCCUCACCCACAGGUGGGUUGUCUUACCUUACUGUGGCUUUAUUUACCUCUUAAAUUUAAAUAUUCUCUUUGGUGUUACAGAAAGAGGGAGAAUGAGGAAUGAACAGGCAGGCAUAAAAAAACAAAACUGGUGUUGACCCACACACGCACACGCACACACACACACACACACACACACACACACACUAUGCCUCUUUAAAACUGAAUGAGCCUAAUUUAAUGCAACAAUAGUUUAGAGACAUUUUGUGAAGUGGUACAACCCCUAAUCAGAAAAGGUUGGGAUGGUAUGUAAAAUUAAAACUGUAAACAGUGAUUGUAAGUCAUCU